GCUUGGUCACUCAAUGUGUCAGAGACUUGGUUGCGAUGUACAAAUUCCAAAAUGAACUUUGCUUCAACCAGAGAGUAACACGUUGAAAUUGUACAGGGCGCUCUUUAUAGCAACAAUAAGGUAUCAACAAAGUACAAAAGAAGUAAAAUGGCUCUAUCUCGUGGUUUUUUAUUAAUUGUCGUAUUUGUAGCAAGAGUUUUGACCGAUGAUGGACAUCCAUCACACGAACAUGGAAAUCAACACAUUGAACACAGCAGACUUCGUGAUUCAAAACAUGUUCACGAUCAGGAACAUAUAAAAGAACAUUUGAAAGAAGUAACAAAUGUGAAAGAAGAUUCUAUGAGUGACGAGGAUCUACAAUUUCAUUACUUCAAACUACAUGAUUAUGAUAACAACAACAAACUAGACGGCAUUGAACUUAGUAAUGCAAUGACUCAUUUCCAUGAAGAGGACUCCACAAACAAGGAGGCGACUGUCUAUUCCGAUGAACAGUUAGCAAGCAUGGUUGAUCAAAUCCUGGAAGAGGAUGACACUAAUAAGGAUGGAUACAUUGACUACACAGAAUUUGUAGGAGCUCAAAAACAUGGAGAAGAGGAAACAAGUGAACAAAAAGGCAGUUGAUAUGACAAAGACAAAUUCUAUUGGAUAUUAUUAUUUGAAAGUGAUAUUAAUAUGAAGUUUGGAUCAGUAUUCCUGCCUUCGAUCCACUAACAGUAUAAAGAUUCUUUCUUAUGAUGCAAUUCACUCUUGCUCCAUGUGGGUCUGGUAUGAAUUGAUGUAUUUGUGAAUCAUUUACCAAAAUUCAGCGAGAUUUAGUUUCUCCAUGGUUUGUUGCAAGCCUGACAAUGAUGCAUGUUUCACUUAUUAUGUUUCAUUUACACAAUUCUCUGAUGGUAUUAAGGGUUCUUUUGUGAUUAGAAUUCCUUUUUCAUACAACAUUGUCAGUAAAUCAAUCUGAAAUAGAAGAAAGUUGUGUAAAGAUAUAACAAUACUGAUCAUAUACUUAUUCAAAGUUUUCACACUGAGCUCAGUUUGAUUCUAUCAUUACAAAUAGCAUGAUGAUUUGAGCAAACCUUAAAUUCCAUGUCAUCUCCAGGCAAUUCUUUACAUGAAGUAUACUCUGGAAAUUUCUUAAUUAUUUCUUCAAUUACAGGUGAUCCCUAGAAUUGAAUGAGAACAAUUAUACCAUAGUUAUGUUUACAUGAUUGAGUAUUAGCAUCUUAAACAUGUAAAAUUACAAUGUUCCUUUCAUAAUACAUAACUUUGGUAAAUGAAA